CGCAAUCUCUUCCAUGCCACGCCCGAUUACGAUUGCAAUUUCACUAUCCAUUCCUCUCGCCCGCCUGUCAACCUUGUCUGGCACAUUGCUACAUCAACCUCUUCCAGCUCAAGUCUUCAUCUCUCACCAUGGCUACUGGCACUAAUUCGAACGGUUUGACCUCCGCCAAGAAUGCUGGCACCACCUCCAUCGAGGAGGCACUGGACACCAUCCGUAAGGGCGGCUUUGUGGUCGUCAUGGACAACGAGGACCGCGAGAACGAGGGCGACCUCAUUGCCGCCGCCGAGUUCGCCACAGAGGAGCGCGUUGCUUUCAUGCUGCGUCACUCGACGGGCAUCGUGUGUGUCCCUGCACUUGCUGAUCGCAUCGACGAGCUGCAACUUCCGCUAAUGGUGGAGAACAACACGGAGGUGCACAAAUGCAAGUUCACAGUGACUGUGGAUCUCAAGGAGGGCAAUUCAACGGGCGUCUCGGCUGCUGACAGAGCGCGUACGAUCCGUGCAUUGGCCGACCCCGCUGUGGGCCCAACAGCGUUCAACCGUCCUGGUCACAUCUUCCCUCUAUUGGCUCAAAACGGAGGUGUCAUGGUGCGUGCUGGUCACACAGAAGCCGCCACGGACCUCGCACGUCUGGCCGGCGUCAAACCUGUAGGCUAUAUCUGCGAAAUGAACGACGAGAACGGCCGAAUGUUGCGUCGCCCGCAAUUGCAAGAGUUCUCUAAGAAGUUCGAUGUGCCAUUGAUCACAAUUUCAGAUCUGAUUCGCUAUCGCUCGCGAACGGAGACGUUGGUACAGCGUAUGGAAGAGCAGAGCAACGUUACUACCCCGCUUGGAGAGUUCGUCAGUGUGGCGUACAAGUCACUGGUACAGGAGAACCAGACGUACCAUGCGUUAGUAUACGGCGACGUGAAUGACAAGGACGUCCCGGUGUUCCUAGUCGAGGACGGCUUCGAGGCGAGUCUGCAGGCUCAGUGGGCACAGAAGUUCGUAGCUACUUACGGCCACGGCAUCUUGAUCUACAUUAACGGCUCGGAACAGCUCCUGCAGAUCAGUGGAGAGCUCAUGGCUCGUCAGAGUAUCUUUGGCAUGGCAAUGCAGAUUGCGCGCGACCUAAAGGUGGGCUCUGUUCGGCUACUAACGACGACGGAGGCGAGCUUCGACCCUCAUGGCUUCGGUGUUGAGAUCUCGGGUACUGAACACCUUGCUACAUCAGCGUAGAUCGAUAGAUAGGACUAUGAUUUGAUAGAAAACACUUUGCGCUGUUUAGCUUUAAAGUUCUUAGGCAUUUACACGUAUGAAGUCCAGGCAUGCAGUGUACAAAGCG